CACCCACCCCACAGGCCCAUCAGCCUCACGGUGGCCAAGUGCUGGGACCCGACCCCACGGAGCUACUUCACCAUCCCGAGGGCUGACCCCGUUCGGCCCAUCGACCCGGCUGCCUGGCUGUCCCACACGGCGGCGCUGACCGGAGCCCUGCCCCGCUACGGUACGAGCCCUUGCUCCAGCGCCAUCACCCGCACCAGCUCCUCCUCACUAACCAGCUCUGUGCCCGGCGCUCCGCAGCUGGAGGAGGCCCCACUGACGGUGAAGAGCGACAUGGGCGCCGUCGUCCGCGUCAUGCAGCUGCCGGACUCAGGCUUGGAGAUCCGAGACCGCAUGUGGCUCAAGAUCACCAUUGCCAACGCUGUCAUCGGGGCGGACGUGGUGGACUGGCUGUACACACACCUGGAGGGCUUCAAGGAGCGGCGGGAGGCGCGCAAGUACGCCAGCAGCAUGCUGAAGCGGGGCUUCCUGCGGCACACGGUGAACAAGAUCACUUUCUCCGAACAGUGCUACUACGUCUUCGGGGACCUGUGCAGCAAUCUUGCGGCCCUGAACCUCAACAGCGGCUCCAGUGGGGCCUCGGAUCAGGACACACUGGCACCCCUGCCCCACCCGGCUGCCCCCUGGCCCCUGGGUCAGGGCUACCCCUACCAGUACCCAGGGCCCCCGCCCUGCUUCCCGCCCGCAUACCAGGACCCUGGUUUCAGCUACGGCAGCGGCAGCGCUGGGAGUCAGCAGAGUGAAGGAAGCAAAAGCAGUGGGUCCACC